AUGGCUGGAUACAGAGCAGAUGACGAGUACGAUUACCUCUUCAAACUCGUACUGAUCGGUGAUUCCGGAGUUGGAAAAUCCAACUUGCUUUCUAGAUUCACCAGAAACGAGUUCAAUUUGGAAUCAAAGUCCACUAUUGGCGUUGAAUUCGCUACCAAAAGCUUGAAUAUUGAUUCCAAAGUCAUUAAGGCUCAGAUUUGGGAUACUGCUGGUCAAGAAAGAUACCGUGCCAUUACUAGUGCUUACUACCGAGGAGCUGUUGGUGCCUUACUUGUUUAUGAUGUCACACGCCGUGCUACAUUUGAGAAUGCUGCCAGGUGGUUGAAAGAGUUGAGAGAUCACACAGACCCCAACAUCGUGGUCAUGCUUAUUGGAAAUAAGUCGGAUCUCCGACACCUUGUUGCUGUACCAACAGAAGAUGGAAAGUCUUUUGCAGAAAGGGAAUCUCUCUACUUCAUGGAGACUUCUGCUUUGGAAGCAACCAAUGUUGAGAAUGCAUUCAGUGAGGUUCUUUCUCAGAUAUACCAUAUAGUGAGCAAGAAAGCAGUCGAGGCUGGCGAAAGUGGCAGUUCCUCUGCAGUCCCAUCUAUAGGACAGACGAUAAACGUAAAAGAGGAUUCUUCGGUUUUCAAGAGAUUUGGAUGCUGCUCGAACUAG